CCAAUUGUGUGUAACACAGCAACAAAAGAUAGUUGUUUACAUAUGGCAGCUUUACUGAUAUCUAUGUAAAUAUUUUGAAGAUGCCUGGUAAAAAGAAAAGUAAAAAGGCCGGUGGAAAAAAGAAAAGCAAAAAGGGAGGAAAAGCUGGAAAAAAGAGCUCAAAGUCAAUAUUGAAAGAAUCUAAAUCUUUAAGUGCUGCGAAUCAAUUUGUUGAUAAUCGACCUCCAUUGUUACGACCUGGAGAAAAACUUGUAGACUUACUAAAGACACACCCAGUGGAUGAGAAAGAGGUUAAUGGUAUUAAAGUAAGUUCUAGAGUACUGGAACAGUUAACUGCUCAGGACAUCCGAGACCUUCACAUUGUUUUUGAGAUCUUUGAUACAAAUUCAGAUGGAACCAUAGGAUCUGCAGACUUGAGACGAGCCUUACGUACUCUUGGAUUUAAAGUAAAAAAAGAUGAAGCCAACAGAAUUGCUCAUGAUGGUAAUGUAAAGGCAAAAAAUGAAAUUGAUUUUAAUGAGUUCUUGGAAAUAAUUAUUGACAAGCAAAGUGAUACCAGAGAUGUUUAUGAAGACAUUUUGAAAGGAUUUAAAAUGUUUGAUUUUGAUGAUGCAGGCAGCAUUUCUAUAGAGAAAUUGAAGCGAGCAUGUAAUCUAGUUGGUAUUAAAUUUACCCAAAAAGAACUGGAAGAGAUGCUGGAAGAGGCAGAUCUAAAUGGUGAUGGGAAAGUUGACCAGACAGAAUUCAUCCAAAUAAUGCUUCAAACAAAUUUGUUUUAAAAUUAGUCUAAAGUCCAUUCUUUGCCUAGAAUUUGGACUCUGAUAAAACUUAUCCCUCAAUAAAAACAAAGUUUAAGGGAUUUGAGACUUGUGUUAAGCAAAAAAAAAAUAAAUAAAAAAGUCCUUUUUUUUUUUAAACAAAGCUUAUUACAUCUAAGGGAAACAGCUCUCCACUUACAACUAUAUUACUCAGUAAUUUACAAGUUAUUUCCUUUAUUUGAUAUCAAACAAAAUAAUGAAUUAAUGAUAGGCACAAUAAAUAAUUUUGAAAAGUUUAAGCUUGAUCUGAGUAUGGGUGUGGGAGAAAUAAGAUGUACAAACUUUUUGCCACUCAGAUAGACAGAGUAAGUUGAUACAAGCUUUGUAAAAAGAGCAGGGAGGCUAUUAAGAAUAAUGUACAUAAAGAUGUCAUAAUUAUUACUUUUGUUUCUUUUAUCUCAAAAUGGAUGUGAUUUAGAUAAUCCGAUACUUUAAACCAAUUUUAUUUCUUUGGAACUGCAUGUCAUUAAAAAUUUCUUUCUUUCAUCUCUGCAUUAAAUUACAUACUUAAUAAAUUAAAGGUGAUUGAAUACA